AUGUCUAGCCACGCUCUCGCUCGCAGCUAUAUCCUCGCGUCGGCCCUGCUGUGCCCGACGAUAGCUCUGGCGGUGACGCCUGUCGCCUCGUCAGCGUCGCGCCGCGGCGCUGUUAAGCCGACGUUGGCUCCGGUUCGGCCUCACGCUCAGAGGACUGGCCGGCCGCUGCUCAGCGCCGACGCCGCACUCGCUGGCGAGGGCCCGCCCAGCCAAGGCGCGGCGGUGGUGCCAAGCAUUAUCAACCUGGCAAAGAACAUAGUGGGCUCAGGUGUCCUCGCUCUGGCUGCUGGCGUCGCCGCCAUAUCGGGCAACCGGCGCGCCCUCGGCCCGGCCCUCGUCGUCCUCUUUGGGCUCGGCGGCGUCUCCGCUUACACCUUUUCGCUCAUCGCACGGGUGGGCGACGACGUUGGUGCAGAGACGUACUUUGACACGUGGGGCAAGGUGGUGUCGGAGCGCUCUUCGGUGCUCGUCUCCGCCGCGAUCACCUUCAUGACCUGCGCGGCCGCCCUCUCGUACGCGAUCAUCAUCGGCGACUCGUUCUCCUCCAUCGCCACGCUCGCCGGAGCACCGGCCCUGCUGCAGCGCCCAAACCCGUGGAUCCUGAUCGCCUCGGUCGUACUGCUGCUCCCUCUCUCACUGAUGCGCGACCUGUCGGCGCUGGCGGUCGGCUCGGUCCUCGGCAACCUCGGCACCCUCUUCACCGCCGGCUUCACCCUCCUCCGCCUCGCCGACGGCUCCUACGCACCCGGCGGCCGCUUCCACACCGCCAUCGCAGCGGCGUCCCGCCCCGCGCUCAAGGCGCCUGCUAUGGCGAGGCGCUCGAAGCUGCCGCGCUUCAACAAGGUCGUGGCGGGCGGCUUCGCGCUCGCCGCCCUCCUCUCCGCCGCAAUCAUGUCUGGCGGGCUCAUCCUCAACAACUACGCGACGACGGACGCGCUCGCUCUGAUCGCGAGGGUCGGCAUCGGCGCGUCCAUCGUCUUCUCGUACCCGCUCAACUUCAACGCGAUGCGCGGCGGCUUCCUCAAGCUCCUCCGCCUCGACAUGUACGCGCACAGAACCGACCUCCAUGACCUCGGCCUCGUCGUCGCCGUCGGCGGAGCCAUCCUCGGCUCCGCCAUCGUCUACAUCUUCCCCGCGAUCAUGUUCAUCGCAAACAUGCGCCGCAAGGCGGCCGCCGGCCCGCUCUCGGCUGGGGAGCGGCGUGAGGUCCUCCUCAACAAGGGGCUGGUCGCCCUUGGCGCCGCCCUCGGCUGCCUCGGCGCCUUCAUGUCGCUGCAAUGA